AUGGCCAACACUACUGUCAGUGGUGCCAAAGCCAUUCAUGGACAGAAUCCCCAGUAUCUAGUUGAAACUGUCGUCCGUAAUCGUAUCUACGAAUCCAAUUAUUGGAAAGAACAUUGCUUCGCCUUGACUGCGGAGAGUCUCAUUGACAAAGCUUUGGAGCUCAAAUGGAUUGGAGGCGUAUACGGGAACCAGCGUCCGACAGAGUUUAUGUGUUUACUGUUGAAACUGCUGCAGAUUCAACCAGAGAAGGAAAUAUUGAUAGAGUAUCUUCGUGCAGAGGAAUUCAAAUAUUUGAGGGCAUUAGCCGCGAUCUAUAUAAGGAUGACAUUUCGAGCUGUAGAAGUGUAUGAACUGCUGGAACCCCUACUUAAAGAUUAUCGGAAACUGCGGUUGCGAAAUAUGGCCGGAUACACGCUGACAUUCAUCGACGAAUACGUGGACUCCCUUCUAACCGAAGAACGCGUGUGCGAUAUAAUUAUGCCUCGUCUCAUCAAACGUCAAGUUCUGGAAGAGAAUAAUGAUAUCGGACCUCGUAAGAGUCGUCUCUUGGACGCGUUGGAGGGGAGAAGUGACGAUGAAAGUAACAGGAGUAGGAGUCGCAGCAGAAGUAGGAGCAAGAGCUUGGUUAGAAGCCCAACUAGGAAUAGGAGCAGGAGUUCUUCCUUAAACGAAGAGUCACGAUAUAUUUCUCGCAGUCGGUCGCGUUCUCGUUCCCGGUCGGGCUCCGUGACAUCCUUCCGUUCACGCAGUCGAAGCAUUUCACCUGAUCGUAUGGAAACUGAUCUACCAACUUGA